AUGAAUAGUUUGGUGUACAUCAUGUACAACAAGAAGCUGAAAAAUAAGUUUAUCAAGAAGAAAAAGCUAUCGGAUGAAGUUGAUCCCCUACUUGUUGAAGAAUUGCCUUCUGAUGAUGAAUGGGUAGCCGACCCAAAUGAUGAUGAAGCCGACAAUGGUGGUGAAAGUGAAAAUGGCGGAGAAAUUGGUGGAGAAAUUGGUGAUGGAGGUGAAUGUUCAACAUCAAGAAUGAGGAAGGAUGUUGAAUUUCAUUUGAUUGAUGAAGAGGACGUGGAAGAUGAUGAUGAUGUUUGCAUUAUGUGA